CUCAGUCUUUGUGCUGGAAACCUCUGGCCACAGCUACCCAGCCAUAAAUACCAAAACAAUGGCACUGAGCUCUAUACCAGGCGGCUGACAGGGUAAAGGCGUUUAAAAACGUAGUGUGGGUUUGUGGUGGAGAUGUUCCAUAGCCGGGCGAUUGGCUUCCCUUACAGAAGAGCAUCGAAUAUCAUAACAACGUAAUUACUGCAAGGGUUCUCUGCGGCCACUGACGCAUCUGGAUUUAACAGAGCUCCGUGUUGCAGCCUCUAUUCUCUGCAGCGAUAUACGCUCCGCUGCGGUUAGCCAGUCGAGCUAGUUUCGCCAAAAAGGACAGGUCGACUCAUGCGGCUGCUUGCCUUAUAAUACCCUUCGACAAUGUAACUCAUUAUGCAAUCAAAGAGACGGGAACUGGCAGUGCCAGAGAUGGCCUCCCCUUUUCCUGUCUCCGUUGUCAUUCUGGUGGUCCUCCUGUCAGCUGAGUCACCUGUGUGCCAGGCAGGGGACUGCAAGGGCCACAGGCAGGUGCUGAGGGGGCUUCCCGGUUAUGUGACUGACGGACCGGGAAACUACUCUGUUAAUGGGAACUGCGAGUGGCUUAUCAAAGCUCCCAGCAACGGUCAUCGAAUUGUGUUAAAUUUCACCUUUAUGGACACAGAGUGUACCUACGACUAUCUGUUUGUGUACGAUGGCGACUCCUAUCAAAGCCCACUUCUUGCCAGUCUGAGUGGAAACUCUUUGCCUGAACCCAUUGAGGCUAAAUCUGGCAAGAUGCUUAUUCACCUCUUCAGUGAUGCUAAUUACAACCUUUUGGGCUUCAAUGCAACAUACACCUUCUCUGUUUGUCCUGGAGCCUGUGGCGGCCAUGGGCGCUGUGAUUCCUCUACAUCCAAGUGCCACUGUCACCAGGGUUGGGGCGGAGCAUCAUGUACAGCUCCUCUGUGUUCCCAGGCUUGUUCUUUGAAUGGACAAUGUGACAAGAAAGGAGAACGUUGUCAGUGUAACCCUGGCUUCCUUGGCCACAGCUGUCAGCUGGGUCUCCGUGAUGAUAAGGGGCCGGGACAGUGGUGGCGUGUGAGUGAGGGAAACCCCAACGCACCUCCAAGGACAGGCUCUGCUGGCGCGUACCUGUCCUCUACUGGAGCCAUGUAUUUGUUUGGAGGAUUUGAUCUGAACAGAGCUCUUGGUGACUUGAUCAAGUACAAUUUCACUUCCAACCAAUGGGAAAGCAGAUCUUAUGGUCAUUCCCCUCUGGCUCGUCACUCCCACACUGCUGUACAGUACAUGGGUAAUAUGGUUAUCUUUGGAGGAGAACUUGCUAAUGGAUCCCUGGCCAGUGACGUCUGGAUGUACCGGCCUGUCCAGGAUGAUUGGCAACAACUCGGUUUCUCCCACUCACGCGGCGCUCCCAAACUGGCCAAUCAUGCUGCAGCAGUCGUCGACACCUAUCUCUACAUUUUUGGCGGUCGCACUGAGGAGGACAUGUUUUCCUCGACUCUGUAUCGCUUCGGUUUACACGGUUCAGGACGAUGGGAAACAGUUCAGCCCACCGGUGGGAAACCCCCUGCCUCUGCUGGCCACUCUAUGGUGUUCCACAGCCCAUCCAGGACUUUGUUGGUCUACGGAGGCCACAGGCCGACGACUGCAAGGUUCAGCGUGCGGGUCAACAACACCGACGUUUUCCACGUGGACAGGCGGUUUUGGACAUCCUUCCGUUCCCGUUUUCCAACCACUGGGCCCAGAGAGAGAGCUUUCCACACUGCCACGGUCAUUGGAAACUACAUGGUGGUCUAUGGUGGAAAUGUGCAUAUUCAUUACCAGGAAGAGAAAUGCUAUGAUGAGGAAAUCUUUUUCUAUCAUUUGGGCUGCCACCAAUGGGUGUCUUCUGGGGAGAGAUGGUCAUCCAAUGGUGAAGCUGUGAGGGGGCGGUAUUCACAUGUUGCAGCAGUGAUGGAAGGACGUGUGCUGCUGGUUGCUGGUGGUUACAGCGGUGUUUCCCGGGGAGAUCUUGUGGCUUACAAAGUGCCGCUCUUUGUUAGUAGUGAUCAAGGCGACAGGGACGCUGUUUGUGCCGAGGCGCUUGAUGAAAGCAUGUGCCUGAAGAACCCAGAAUGCAGCUGGUGUGAAGGCCGCUGUCGAGAGUACCAGCCCACCAAUCCGUGUGGCAGCACUGGGUGCUUGGGCCUGGCUCGCUUCCUGUCCGACUGCCAGUCCUGCCUUGUGUUCAGCGGCACGCCGGCUUCCCUUGCGCGAGCCCCCGGAGAAUUUGGCUGGUGUGUUCAGAACGAGUCCUGCCUGCCAGUGUCAGAGCGAAGUGCGUGCCGUGUGGACCAGAUCUCAGGGGCGUACGGCUGGUGGGGGGAGCGUACCCGUUUCCUAACCUCCCUCCACUCCUGUCGCACCGAGAACUAUGUCCCGGGACUGCACCUGCUCACCUUCCAGCACCCCCGCAACGACUCCCAGCCUGACAAGGUAUCCAUCCUCCGCAGCACCAACAUCAUUCUUAGCCCCACCACAGAAAUGGAUGUGGCCCUACAGUUCAAGGGCUUCAUCCACCCCCUGUGGGGAGGGCCUCCACCUGCACCUCCUCCCACAGAGACCGUCUUCAUAUGGGCUCGCAUCCAGAGGCUCCACUUUGAGGCUCGAGUGGCAUCAGGACCUAACUCCACCCAAAUGGAGGUGGUGGGUCGCUGGGCAGCCCAGCAGGAGAAGGAGCUGAAGCUGCUGGUCCGACCAGAUGGAAAUAGACUCUUCUCCAACCUGACCAGAGGGAACCAUUACCUCGUUCAAGCCGAAGGCUACCUUAACAACUCUGGCUCUGGACAGACGAGUGAGAUGGCCCUGAUCUGGAACAGAACAUUGCCUGGAGGGAGUGAGAUUUCCUUCCUGUUCCUAGAGCCGUAUCGCUCUGGUUCCUGCUCGGGUUACAUGUCCUGCCUGGCCUGCCUGUCUGACCAGUCGUGUGGCUGGUGUCCGUCUCUGUCCCGCUGCCUGCUGCGAGACAGCCUAGACCUGGAAUACUGUCCCGAGACAGAAAUGGUCGAAGGCAAAGGAGACAGUCAGCGCCAUCUGCUGUUGGCACCACAGCACUGCACUCUGUGUGAGGAUUACAGAGAUUGCUCUGCAUGUACUCAGGACCCUUACUGUGAGUGGCAGAUUAACUCCAGCAAGAAAGGCGACUUUCAGUGCAGCCGUAGAGGAAGGUUGGAGGGAUCCAUCCGCGACUCAAACGGGUGUCCUAAAGUCUGCAACCAGAGAAAUACAUGCAGUGAGUGUCUGUCCAACUCCAGUCAGUGUGCAUGGUGUGAAUCUGCCCAAGCUUGCUUCUACUUUGCUGCCUACCUCACAAAAUAUCCCUACGGAGAGUGCAGGGACUGGUACGACAGUGUCCAUUCGGUUCCUCAAUGUAAGCAGUGUUCAGCUUUAAACACGUGCACAGAGUGCCUGAGAACAUUUCAGUGUGGCUGGUGUGGUGACUACAACAAUCCCACAAUUGGAAAGUGUUUGAGGGGAGACUGGGCAGGAAUGGAUGAUCCAUCUGUGUAUAACUGCAGUGUGGCUGUGGCUGAAGCUCGAGCUGCAAAUCCUGAACCUCAAACUUCAGCCCCACCCAGACCCCUGGAAAUGGAAAUGGAGAUGGAGAUCUUCGAUGAUGAGGAGAAAGAUGCAGUCUGGUCUUACCCCACAUGUCCUGAUGUGGAGGAAUGCAGGCUGGGUCUUCAUAACUGUCAUCCCUUUGCUACGUGUAUCAACACUCCCACCUCGUACGAGUGUCACUGUGAGAGAGGAUACACCGGCGACGGCACGCUGCACUGCAACCAGACCUGUUAUAAUGAAUGCCGUGAGGGCCAGUGUAGCGGCAGCCCACGGUUUGAGUGUGAAUGUUCUCUGGGCUGGACGUCCGACCCUGCCACGCUGGUUCUGAGUGGUGUUGAAUGCGACGUAGACUGUGGCUGCAACUUCCACUCCACCUGUAUCACUGCGCCUGGGAUCUGUGAUGAAUGCCAGGACUGGACUACAGGCCCUCACUGUGAACACUGCCGUCCAGGGAGCUUCGGCUCCGCCCUGGCUGGAGGUGGCGGCUGCGUUCCUUGUGAGUGUAACGGACAUGGCGACCCGCUCCAAGGCUACUGUCACAACCUGACAGGCCAGUGCUACUGCACCCACAACACUCAGGGGCCGCACUGUGAGUCCUGCCUUCCUGGGUACUAUGGAGACCCUCGGAACAACGGCACAUGUUACCGUCAGUGCCAGGGCCGCUCCGUCCUGUUGUCCUCCACCUCUUCCUCAACCAUCCCCUUGUCUUCGUCUUUGGGAUGGCGAAGUGGCACAGAAGGGAAAGGAGGACUUUCUCACUGUCUUUGGGUCUUAUCUGUCACUGAGAAGCUUGGACCUUGCAAGCCCAAACAGCUCUGCCCCCCAGUAGCGCUCACGUUACACCCAGACUCCCACACUUACUGUAAAAAUUCUUACGUUUACGUGUUCGAUGGCCUCCCUCGUUUUCUGCCCAAUGGAGUCGUGCGUUCUGAUCAUAACCUCAUUGGAGCGUUUUGCGGAACAACAAGGACUCAGCCAAUCACAGUCGAGGCCACCUCAGGUGUGAUCUCAGUCUACUUUGAAGCCAACGUCUCUUCAAACAAACCUCAAGGCUUCAAUGCGUCUUUCUGGGUGCGACGUUGUCAGCAGAGCUCUGAUGAGGAUGAAGAGGGGUCCGCUGUGUGUGCAGGUGGAGCCCAGUGUCAGGGUGGGCUCUGCCGGUGUCCUCAAGGAUCUGGGGGGCCGUACUGUGACCGACCCAUGUGUCCCCAGGAUUGUGGAGCAACAGAAGAAAGAGGAGUUUGUAAUGUAUCUCUGGGAGUUUGUGUGUGUUCGGAAAGCUGGUCCGGCUCUGACUGCUCAGUUCUGCGGGAUCCCAACAGCUUGACUUGGGAGACUCUGUUGGACACACAACUGACAAUGAAACAGGCCCAUAGGUUCCUGCACAGGAUGGGACACUCUCUGGUAGCUGGACCUCAGGGUAACCUGUGGAUGUACGGGGGGCUUUCUCUGUCAGACGGCAUUCUUGGCAAUGUGUACAGAUAUUCUUUGUCGGAGCAUCGUUGGACCCAGAUGUUGACCAGUUCUGUAGAUGACUCGGCGACUCCUAGCGCUCGCUAUCACCAUGCUGCUGCGCUGCUUAACACUUAUGAUCUGGACUCUGGAAGCCAUGACGGUGGUCACAGCCUAAUGUUAGUGGUAGGCGGUAUCACUCAAAGUGGUGUUGCCAUGGAUACCUGGAGUCUCAAUCUCAGCAGCUUGGUCUGGAGAGAACACAAGAGCUCAGUGCUGCCCCCGGUGGCCGGUCACACUUUAACUGUACGUUGGGACUCCUCGGUUCUCCUGAUCGGAGGCUACUCUCCUGAAAACGGUUUCAACCAUCAUCUGUUGGAGUUCAACCCUGAUUCAGGGAACUGGACAAUUGUCCCCCACACCGGAACCCCACCCACAGGUUUGUAUGGCCACUCAGCUGUGUAUCAUGAGCAGACUGAUGCCAUCUACGUGUUUGGAGGCUAUCGCUUUCAUGUGGAGACAGUGGAGCCGUCAGGCGAGCUCUACAGCCUGUAUUACCCCAACCUGACCUGGUCUCUCCUGGUUCCCUCACAGGGGAAAAAGCCCCUGUCCCGUUUCUUCCACGCUGCUGCGCUGAUCAAAGACACCAUGGUGAUUGUAGGGGGGAGGACAGAAGCAGAAGACUACAGUAAUUCUGUGUCUCUGUACCAGAUCAACUGCAACACCUGGAUACAUCCUGUUUCAGUUGUUGGAGAUCCAGUCAAUCGCUCUGUGUCUCUCGCGAUGACAACCUGGGGUGGUCGUCUUUUCCUAUCUGGUGGCUUCAAUGGUGUCACGCUGGGUAGACUCCUUACUCUGACCGUGCCCUCUGACCCCUGUGCCGUCCUGCCCACACCAGAGGCUUGCAACACCACCACAGGCAGCUGUGUGUGGUGUAGGGGUACCUGCACUUCUUCUGAUGCUGCAGAGAGAAUUGGCUGCCUGUUGGGACAUUCCACCUGCUCCCCGACUCCUCGUCUGCCAGAUCAGUGCCGCAGACUUAAGACCUGUAGCGAAUGCCUUGCUCGGCAUCCCAAGACUUUUUCCAGUCCGCCUCAGUCUGCUUUACAGUGUAAGUGGUGCACAAACUGUCCAGAAGGGGCUUGCAUCAGUAGCUCUGUCAGCUGUACAUCGGAACAUGACUGUCGCAUCAACCAGAGAGAGAUUUUCCUGUCCAGCAACUGCACUGAGACCAGCUGCGAGGCUUCAGACUGCCCUAAGUGUACGGCUUCUGGAAAAUGCAUGUGGACUCGCCAGUUCAAACGCACAGGUGAAACAAGACGAAUCCUGAGUGUGAACCCCACUUACGACUGGACGUGUUUCAGCUAUGCGCUGCUCAACGUCUCCCCCAUGCAGGUGGAGUCAUCUCCGCCUCUCCCAUGCCCUCCUCCAUGUCACACUCUGCAUAACUGCAGCCUCUGUCUGGGCUCUAGGGGCUCUGAUGGGGGCUGGCAGCACUGUUUGUGGAGUAUGGCGCUGCAGCAGUGCAUGAGUCCAUCUUUUGUGCCUCUUCGUUGUGAAGCGGGCCAGUGUGGCCGGCUUCUCUCUGGGGGAGACUCCUGCUCUCCAAAGUGCUCCCAGCUCACCCAGUGCUCCCAGUGCAUCACCAGGCCUCAGUGUGGCUGGUGUGCUUCUGGGGGAGGCAAUGGAGCUGGGCGCUGCUUACAGGGAGGAGUUGAUGGUGUGAGUGAGGGUGUUUGCCCCAUGAGAAACAGCACUUGGUCUUUCCUGCAUUGUCCAGAGGAGGAUGAGUGUGCCAACGGUCAUCACCAUUGCAACAGCACUCAGGACUGCCACGACUUACCUGAGGGCUACCACUGCACGUGCAAGCAGGGUUACAUACUUAAUGGGGUUUCUGGUCAGUGUGAGCCGGUGUGCGCACAGGGCUGCGUUAACGGGACCUGCGUGUCCCCGGGGGUUUGCCAGUGCCACUUUGGCUUUGUUGGGGAUAACUGUUCUUCUGAGUGCAAAUGCAAUAAGCACAGCAACUGCACCAGCGUUGACAAACCUGAUAUUUGUCUGGAGUGCCACAAUAACACUCAAGGUAUUCACUGCGAGAAAUGCAAGCCUCUGUUUGUAGGCUCGGCAGUAGACGGUGGCAGCUGUCGUCCAUGUCGUGACUUUUGCCGGGGAAACGGCAUGGUAUGUCUGUCCCGGGAUCAAUAUAAUAAAGCCCUUGAGAACCCUCAUCACUUCCCUGUAGAUGCCGUUGAGAAAUGGGUGUUUGAAGGUCCCACAGAAAAUAAUGCUGUGUGUGUGAAUUGCCAAAACAACAGUGUUGGGGACAAGUGUGAAGGCUGCCGUCGUGGCUACUUCUUACUGAAUGGGAAGUGUGAAAAAUGUCAGUGUAAUGGCCAUGCCGACACAUGUGAGCCCGAUGGUAGUGGUUGCCCAUGCCAAAACAACACAGAGACCUCGUCCUGCCUGAGCAGCCCUCAGAAUGAUCGAAAAGAUUGUUACAGGCAACAAUGUGCCAAAUGCAAAGACUCCUUCAACGGGAACCCAGUGAACGGGCGCCAGUGCUACCGACAGUUUAACGUGGACUCGGAGUUCUGCUUUGACCCCACGUCCCAAACAAACUGCUUCCAUGACCCCACCAUUCGCAACCUGCCCAAGGAUCGCACCGUGUUCUUUGCUGCUCAGCCAAAGUUUACAAAUGUGGACAUCCGGGUCACGAUUGAUGUUACCUUUGGAGAAGUGGAGGUUUAUGUCUCCAACUCGCACGACACCUUUAUUGUAGACGUGGACCGUUACACGGGGAUUCACACUAUUAAGAUAGAGGACGAGUCAGCAAGUCGAGGGACAGCUGCAGGGGCAGAUAAAGAUUCUCCUCCCUCCCCUAUAAAAGUCUUCGCCAACGCCUCGUCCAACCUGGGAGGUCCCGUGCUCUCCCACAAUCCCCUGCAGCUGCAAGCCAAACAGCCGGGAGCAGAGAGAGAGAUCAGAGAGGAGCGAGCUGAGGGACUCAUCUCCUACAUCACCGUGUGGAAGCCUCAGACGGUGCUGAUCGUCCGAAGAGUUCGGGACCGCGUGGUCAUCACCUUUCCCCAUGAGGUGCACUCUCUGAAAUCCAGCCGCUUUUACAUCGCUCUCAGAGGCGUGGGAACAGAUGAUAGACAGGGCGAGUCCCAGGGGCUGCUGUUUGUGCGACAGGACCAGGCCCACAUAGACCUCUUCGUCUUCUUCUCCGUCUUCUUCUCCUGCUUUUUCCUCUUUCUGUCUGUGUGUGUCUUGUUGUGGAAGGUCAAGCAGUUCCUGGACUUCCGUCGGGAGCAGCGUCGCCACAUUCAGGAGAUGACCAAAAUGGCUUCCAGACCCUUCGCUAAACUCACCAUUUACCUUGAACCGGAGGAGCCUCAGCUCAUCUACCUACCUACAGCGGGUGGCGGGGUGGGGGGCAGCACCGUAUCUAUCGCUCACGCCCGCACGGGCAAGUUAAGCGGCGUGGUGGUGGGCCAGAGGGGCAGAGCGGGACCGGUCUAUAAACACGACCCAGGCUCCGGACCUACAGCACACCACCACCAUCAUCAUCACCUCACCUUGAGUGGGGGAGGCAACAGCGGACAGCAUCUACCACUGCACUACUUAAACACCCAUCAUUACGCCAGCACCACUGCAGGCACCCAGUCCUCCCAUCAUCACCAUCCAUCUACAUACUCUGGCUACCAGCAGUUCUGCCGCUCUGAUCCUUUCCUCUCACAGCUCAUGGGCUUCUCCUACUCCUCCUUCAAGGUGGGGCCCAUAACCCUAGAGCCCACAGAGGACGGUAUGGCCGGGGUAGCCACCGUCCUGUUCCAGCUGCCUGGCGGUGUCUUGGCACCAAAUCGUGCCUGUUUAGGCUCUGCACUAGUUACCCUGCGCCAAAAUCUGCAGGAAUACUGCGGCCAUGGCAGUGGAGGCGGCCACCCAGGGGCGGGCGCAGGCCGCAAGGGUCUGCAUCAGCACCUGACCACCAUGGCAAUGUAGGAACGCAAUCAGCAAAUAAGGAGGGAGAUAAAGACAGAUGUGGAAAGCCUGUAAAGUGUUUGGAAUAUUAUCAAUUACUUUUUUUGAAAGCAUCUUAGCUGAAAGACAAAGUCCAAAAGAAAGUUACUGUACCGCCAGUAAAAUGAGCUUUUUGAACAGAAAUGUACAUACACUGUAUAAUGAAUUAAGUGUCUUAUAUUGUGUGAUGUAUUGCUCUACAAUAUUUCAGUGCUUCACAUGACCAAGUCAGCUGUCUCUGCAAUGCACUACAACUGCUACUCUACUAAAUAAUAUUUGGGUGUCCAAUCCCUAAUGAGGUAGGACCACACUACAGGUGAACUCUGAUUAAAAGUUAUUCACCAAAAAACAGGUGUAAAAGGCAAUUUAGGUCAAAAUACACGCUUUGGAACCAACAUGUGCUUUAUGCAUUAAAAAGGUGACAAUCAGACAGUGUUAAAUUUUAUUGCAAAAACACUAAAAUUGGUACAAGACAAUGUGCAUCAUAUUAAUUGUCAGCCCAGUGUAGAAACCGUGUUGCUUGUGAGGCGGUUACUUUAUCAGUCAAUAUUAGUGAUUUCUAACUAACUCGAUAUGUGGCAGACUUGUCAGCUACCUGUUUCUGUUAAACUCUUGGGUAUGGUUUUGCAUAUUCAUUCACCUUUUCUGUUGCUUUUCGUCUUAUCUGCCUUCACUUUAUGCCUUUUCUGCGAGUCAGCUGGCUUACACUUGAAACUUUUGCGGUAAACGUGUCUGGUGCAGCUCCUGGAGAAAGUUAAAUAAUAUUCUAUAUUUCAUGUCUUGUUUUGUUCUUUUAAAGAGAUGACAAGGUAAUGUGUUCCACAUUGGUAUUCUGUUCUGUCUCUAAAUUUAUUUAUCAAACGCCACAGUAUUAGUCCAUAACAAUGGCAAAAUUAUGCUUUUGAAGCCAUUGUUUUGCUUUCAAGAUGUUAGUCUGACUGGUUACACAGAAUGAUUGUAAUUGCUAACAAUAACUAGUUUAAAAAUGUAUCUGUUAAGAACUUUGAGAAGGUAUGAGUGCAUUUUAAGACUGAACCACUGUUGUGUUGGCACAGAUUUACUUUUCUUUCCGUUUCUUUCUUUGCACUGCAUGGAUCCAGCAGCCUCCUGACCAACAUUACUCCAUUCUUCAUUAACAUGUGGUAAAUAAAUGAACUGGCUGUGAGGCUUCUGGAUUCUUACCAGAUUAAGAAAAAAAUAAUUCUUCCAUCAAUUGCAAAAUAGUGAAGCAAACGUUAUUAAUAGGGGCCCUCUGCAAAUAAGCUUUCGUCUUGUAACUUUGUGCAUGAAUUGAUUUUUGUUUACAUGCUUUAUUUUUGUACAUAACUUAUGUUGUAUUUGUUCUUUUGUUUUCAAAGAAAGGGAACAGUAUUGUGAAAAAAGACUGAGUAAAGAUUCAGCAUCCCGAGUCAGCUGAAAUAAAGUUUCUGGAACAUGG